CCACAAUUACCCAUUGCCUAUAUCGAGAUGGGAUUUCCGUGCCGUGGAUAGCGAUCAAGAAACCUUGGAAGCAACUCACUCGUACACGGCACUCGGACGGGAUCGGGCCCUGUACAAGUUCCGCUCCUGUCCCGGGCAUGCCGUCGCGCGUAUACUUGGCAUGUCUGCAUCUGUGAUGAGACGUCGAUUGCCAUGUAUGUUGGAGCAUGUACCUGGACCGGAAACCGGCGCUUCGUUCACCACCGAGCCUCGGUUCACUCACGAGUUUACUUGUGCCUGAGGAAUUAAAAUCGGCUUCACCCAAAACGUACGCUCGCAUGUGCGUUUGUCGUGUACAAGAAUGAUGAUGAUGAUGAUGAUAAUGUGAGAUUUCUCUUGGUAUUCCUUCUUGUUAUCUUCUGAGCCUUGUCCGCUUGUCCCUCAUGCUCCAGCAACCUCACUCCCUUCGUUUCUCAUUCGUCUUCUUGGCUGCCAUUACCAGUGUUUUCGCGGCAGCGGUCGCCAUCCUGAACACAACAGACAUGGCGCCUGCUGUCAGCACCAUGGCUGCCUCGCUGCAGAGCACCUUUGCGCGCUGGCUGAAAGCUGUAGUGGGCCUUGCACAACAGCCUGGGGCCAUCUGGAAACUCCUGGCCAUCCUAUUCGCCUUGGGGAACCUCAAAAACGGCACCUUCGUAUGGCAUGUACGUUCAAAGUCAAUCGAGUACGCGGGACUCAUCCAUGUACCUUCUUGCGUCCCCCAUGUCACACCUUCAUUGGCGCUUGCGGUGAUACAUGAUGGCCCAAAACUACAAGGCACCCACGUUUGAUUGAUGUACUGACAGCCGUGGCGCAAACAAACAGCUUCGCUUUUUCAAAGCCUUCACCUAUCACCUGUAUCGCCAGCCUACUAGACUGCCACCCCAGGCCCUGUUCCAGCCCAUAGUGACCUCGACCCACUCGCCCAUCACCGAAAUGGAUUACAACUUGCACAAAUCCAACUCGACCUAUUUCGCCGACAUGGACAUCUCGCGAACCCACCUCUU